CGCAUAUUGGACCAUGAUAACAUCGAUUCAAAUACUAAAUCUCUGAAGAAUCUCCUCUGUGCUGCAUUCGGACUAAUUUCUGUAGCAUUAGUUGUGGCCACAUCAUUUGCGACUGGUUUUAGUCAAAUCUUAACUAUUUCAGAAUCUCUCAUUCUGUCCGCAUCCUUAUUGGCUUUAUCUUUCACGUGGUGCCCUGGAAUAGCAACGUUUAUAAUACGAUCUGGAGAUGGCCUGGUUGAUGGUCGUAAAAAUGCCAGUAUAAUUUAUACUAUUUUGAAAUUGGUAGUACUUUUUGUUUUAGCCGUUGUUAUAACUUACUUAAACCGGCAAGACAGCUUCGAAGAAUCAUUUUACAGCUUAAUGCAAGGUUUCGAUAAUAUAAACUCAACAAAAACCUUCAGAGAUGGACUCUUGAUUCACCUCUUUGCCGGUUUAUUAUCGCAUGCAUCCACUUACGUAUCAGCACGAAUAUGCCUUACACGUAGUGGUAUUUACCUACCAACAAUAUUUGUUACUCCGCUCACAGUCUUGAUCAUAAUUUUCGACAAUUUCUAUGGUUUUUUUCAUGUCGUAAAGUUGUCUGCCCUGUCAGGAUUUACUCUCGCUUCGUGGUUUUGUUUAGGAAUUGCAGUUUUACUUUGGUUGUUACCAUUUGUAAUGCUGGGCAUGAACCAUACNCCUGUACCAAAUUCCAUACUGAAAUCUUCGGAAUCGAACUUCUUAAGUUUUACUUACAACAAUAUCUUCUUCGAACAUCAUUUGCAUUUGAAUUACAAACCGGAAGGAAUUCAUACCAGACAUGAUAAGACGAGUGAAAUGUUGACCGGGGUACCCAAAGUGAGCAAAAUUUUCAUAUGUACAACCAUGUAUAGAGAAGCAGAAUUCGAAAUGGAGCGUCUCCUGAAAAGUUUAGAAGGAUUAUCCUUGUCGAAAAAAUUGUCUCAUGUCUAUAUAGAGUCCCACGUAAUUCUUGAUGAUGGUUGUAAGGGAAACGAACUUGGAGAGUUUGCUCUGCAGUUUCUGUCGUUACUUGAAAACAAACUAAAUAUUCCUCGUACAGAAGUGUAUGCAAAUCGAAUGCCUUACGGAUUGCAGCUGCAAUGGAUCUUAAAUGAUGGCAUUCCAUUGUUUCUGCACCUGAAAGACACUCAAAUAGUGAAACCGAAAAAGCGAUGGAGUCAGGUGUUAUAUUUGAACUACGUAAUGAGUUGCCGGGUGAAAAAAGCUUACAAUUGGAUAGAAAAAAGACUGAAACGCUGCGAAAUGGAAUCGACGCCAUUCAACGCCCGGUAUUCUGUCGAUGAAAGGAAAUUCUAUGGUGUAGAUUCAUCGAACAUCCAAACGAAAAGUCCUACAAUAAGAUGUCACCUCACAAGUUCGAUGCUGAGUCAAUAUAGCGAUUGUUCGGUAUUUUUCAGCAAAGAUGAGACAAAUCUGAGUAAAAGCCUAUAUUCAAACUCUAGCGUAUAUCUCCAGCUAAAUGGCUUGGGUGUCCCCAAGAUGAACGGUAGAUUAUCAGCGAGCCACCAUUCGGCGAUGAACCCUACAUACAUGCAUGAGCUUGAAGAUUCUGGCACUUCAUGGACCCUGCAAACAAUACAUAAUAUGGGUCCCAAUGACGUCAGUGUUCAUUUUAACCCGGAAGUAGAAAGGAUACCUAUUAAUACCAUCAGUGGAAAUUUAAUAAAGGAUACCGAAGUGAACAUGAAGUCGACGUUCCUUCCGAAUCCCGAAGAAUUCGACAACCGGACCUAUAUCCUAGCAACGGAUUCCGACAUGAAGUUCAAUGAUGAGGCUGUGUUUGAUUUACUGAACACUUGUAAUGGCGAUCUUCGCCUCGGUGGUGCUUGUGGCCGGACACAUCCCAUCGGCGAGAGGAAUCACCCACUUGUAUGGUUCCAAAUGUUUGAAUAUAUCAAAGAUUUCUGGAUGACAAAAAGUGCUCAGAAUAUUAUUGGGUCGGUGAUGUGUUGCCCAGGAUGUUUCAGUCUGUAUAGAAUCACUGCGCUCUAUCAUUUAUUGGAUGAAUAUUCAGAACCAAGUACGGAAUCGAUGGAUGUAUUUGUCAAAGACACAGGCGAGGAUCGAUGGUUGUGGAAUUCCACCAUAAUAAUAAUUAUUGCUGGAUUAGACAUGGUGUUCGGACUGUCUUUUAUGGUGCCUUCAAUCUUAGUUUGUGUUGUAGUUUUAGCGUACAUGUCCGUCUGUAUAUUUACUGAUUCAAAAUUCCAAACCAAUGUCACCAUUUUCUUAAUAUUCAUAUUUGGCACUGCUAUUUCAUGUGUCUUCGUAGGUGGUGCUGUCUAUAUUAUCAAAGACUUUCUCAGAGAUACAGAAUCGAAAAACCUGCAAUUUGAAGAACAUUACUUGUUAUUGUUACUCGUGUCCAGUAUUUUCUUUGCCGCCAUUUUACAUCCACGCGAUAGUUUGAUGGUAUUUCUCGGUCUGUUCUACGUGUUCAUAAUUCCAACCAUGCACAUUCUGCUUCCGGUUUACUCCAUCAGCAACAUUGUAGAUCAAAGCUGGGGGACAAGGGAUGGCAACAAAGCCUCCAUUCCGAAACUGGUUUGUCUCCCAAAAAUCCAUAAAUGUCGAAGAAAGAAAAAGAAGAAAAAGCAGGAUAAAUAUUCCGCAAAUUUGAAUUCUCCCCCUCUUAGUUUAGGCCUCUUCGAUGAGUGUGAAGAUGAAGACGAAUACAAAUUCUGGGAGCAUCUACGAGAUUGCACCGUAGGUACAAAGGUGAGGACGGGUUUGUCAAAGUCGAAAAUGGCUAAAAUACUGCAGAGGUUCCGCCUCAAAUGUGUUUUCGGAUUUUUGAUGUGUAAUUCGAUCUGGAUGAUCAUCCUUGGAUACGUCUUCACAAACAUUGCAACCGAAAAGUCUAAGUUAAAUUUAUUUGGCAUAGUCAAUACGUCUCUAUUCGGGAUUUCGCUCAUCGUUCAGCUGACUGGAUUGACAGUACAUCGAACCCAAGACACUAUCGAACGUUUUAUCCGCAAAUCGAACAGACACUCGAAGCGCCCCGAAUGGAUAAUUACAAAAGACGAUAAACUAGAUGCUGUAAGUAACAGAAGUGAAAAAUAAAUCAAAGAAAACAAAAACAUAGACAGAAAACAAAUAAAAGAAAAAAUAGCAUAAAAUUAUUAAAUAAAUAAAAUAACACUUCUAAAACGAGGUAGCAACGAGGUAGCAACGUCCAUUUCGGUGCAAUCUCCGAACAUUUCGCUCGAUCACAUCAACCUUAUUAUUCGUUCCAGUCAGGUAUUUAUUUUAGAGAUCUUUAUUUGUUGGAAGACCAAAUAAGGUAUUUUAAAACGGUACCAGUUAUUACAAGGGGAACUUAUGACUGCGAAACCAAAUUUGUAAGCACAUUCUCGCAUGCUUCCUUCAAUUUUCAUGCAAACACAUAAAUUAUACAAAUUCUGUUAUUCUUUUAUACGUUUUAGCGAUGCAGUUGCGAUCAUGCUGGAGCACCAUCGUAAAUUUGUACUCUUUCCACAGACCUCUUCUAUGGCGGGUUUCUACUGGGAUGGGUGGGAUUUCAUAUUAACUUUUGCAUGUGUUUUUUUACCUGGUGGCUGGAUCAUUAGGUGCAUGAUGGAGUUUGAUACCACUGCCCUCGUCUAUACUUCCUGCCGGGACCGUUGGCUCGUCUGGUAACAAGGAUAAGAGAAUGUCCAAUUCCUUUUUCGAGUCAUCCACAUCCACAUUGUAUAGGUGUCUUAUAUAGUCUAACGUCUGUCAUGUUUAGAGUAAACGAGAGUUCGAGUGUCACAA